CUUAUGUUUUGGUGUUUCCAACAAUUGUGUGGACAUUUUGGAUGUGUGUCUUCAACAUUUCUAAAAUGAGAAAUCCAUCACUUAAUUCAUAGCUCAUCGCUACUGCACUUAUAUCUAAAUUCUUCAUAGCUCAUCAAAUCUAUAUAUAAUAUAUUAAAACAACUUCUAAAUUGAUUUUCUGACAUAUAGUCAUUUUAUUCACCAAGUCAUCCAAUUUAUUCCAUGUUAAUUUUAUCUACUAGUAGUUCGAAAUCCAUCCAUAGCAACAUUAGAAUUGAAUAUAUAUAUAGGAUUAUAUUUUUUUAGCAACUCCGUUUUGGAGACAUUUGUUGGUUUAUUGUUCCACUUUAAAUGAUUAAUUUUAUUCGGAGAAAAUUUUCAAGAAAACUGUUUCUGAGAAAAAUAAAUUUCGAAAAUUUUUCAAGAAAAAAUCUUAAUUAACAAAAUGUGGAUCUGUGAGUCCUUUCACUUAAACCCACAAAAAAUAAUUAAAUAAUGAACUGAAAUUUUAAAAAAUUUAUUUCAAUAAGAAAUCUAAUAUUAAGGAUAUAGUAGGAGAUUUUUUAAAGAAACUUUGUUAAUUAUAGAUAGAAAUUUGUUAAUGAGGUAAAGAAACCAUAUCUUAGGUGCUUGUUUCCCUAGUAUUUUUCUUUCUUCAGUCACAAAAGCACUUGUUUAUGCAUUCAAUGAUCUCUUCAUUUGAAACACAUACAUAUAUAAGUUAAUGGCACAAAGAAAAAGUUUCUAAACUAUUAGUUGUCCUAAGUAAAAAAGAAGGAUAAAAAUGUGUGUAAUUGUGAAUCUACAUGGAUUAAUACACUUAAAAAAAUACUAUAUUGCUUAAGCUACAAAUUAUUCCAUGCCAAGAAUCAGGCUAAUGAGCAGUAAAAGAUUUGAUAUAGUACAUUAAUUUAAAGAGUAGAAACUAGAAAGUAAUUCUUUCCUUUAAAGGGAAAAUUAAGAGAUGCCAUUAAUAAACCCCAUCACCCUCUUCUUCAUUUUCACAAUAUUUGUUGAACUCAUCAUAGUUGAUUAAUUGCUAUUGUAUUGUUCAAGUACAAUCAUACAAUGGAUAAUGGGGAUGAACACAAGUUUAAUGAGAGAAAAAGGUUUGUCAACAUCCCAUGUAUUGAGUUUGAUAAUGAAUACACUUUAUAAGCAAUUUGUUGAGAAAGAUAUCAAGGAGUUUGAAGCAUUUCAUGUUGCUAUUCUUGAUACCUUUAACACUUUAAACAUGGCUGUGCCUGGAAAGCAUUAUGAUGCUCCAUCAUAUGAAAAUAUAAAGGGCAUUUUCGAACGAUGGAAAGAAUCAAAUAAGGAAACCAAAGAGAAGAUGUUCAAAGAUUUCAUGAACAAGAAUGUAAAUCUAAACAAAGUAGAUGAAUCUAUGAUAAUAACUGCAAUAGUAGCACCACCAACAGCCAUGAUAGUCAAAAGAACAGGACAAACAACAUUGCCUCAGCUGAAAUUUAUGAAAACCAUUCCUGAUGUUGUCUUUGUUCCCUCAACUACAGUUUUGGCUCUCAUUGCUGUCAAAAUUUUAAGGUUAAUGUUUGUAGGAAACAACACAAUUAACAAGAAUGCAACAACAGUGUCACUUGUUGAUGAUCAUGUAGUUCAGUCUUCAAGUGUGGAUAACAUUCCUCCACUUAUAAUGCCACCUGAAAUUGAAUCAGAUAAUUCACAACAAGAUCUGACAAAAACUGCAUCAGAUGCAGAACAACACAUGUCAAAGGGAAAUUAUUGUGCUUUGUGUAAAAUAGUUCAUUAGAGAUACAAAUGAUCAACAUGUUUGUUUCUUUGUAUAUUUAUGCUAUUUUCACUUUGGAACUUUUCA